CUCAUGAUCCUCCUCCAAAUUCAAGAUGCAAACAGAAUUAGGCGCAAAAUCCAUAGAGUUCUCCCCCAAAUCCCUCUAUUUGCCAAACACGUGUAAAUUUGGAAAACUAAAAAAAAAAACUUGAUGAAGCCAUUUCGAAAUAUUCAUUCUCUUAAACCGACCAUUAGGAUUAAACACUCUCCGUACAGGAAAAAAGCACGGUCCUCCCUCACUAGGGCUGCAAAUGAGUCGAGCUGCUCGCGAGCGGCUCGGCGUUCGACUCGAGAAAAGUUUGUUCGAAACUCGACUCGUUAAUAAACGAGCCGAAUACGUGUUCGCCUUUGUUCAGCUUGUGAAGCUCGCGAGCUAGCUCGACUCGGUGGCUUGUUGAGCUAAACUUGUGAGCUGGCUCGUUUAGAGCUCAUGAUAUGUCUUGACAUGUGGCUAGAGAGCCAACUCGAUUACCAACUUAUGGACGAAUCAAUCUAUAUCUUAUGAUUUUAAUUCAUAUGGUUGUUAAAUUAUCUAUCUCACCAUAUAUAAGUUUAAUACGUUGAGUUUGAGACCAAAUAUAUCUUAUUUUCUACUUUAAAAAGAAAUUAUGCAUCAUAAAUUGCUUCGAUACUAUGAAAUAACAUUAUUUGGAGUCGUUAAAAUUUAUUAACUAAAUGAUAUAUGAUACCAACAAAGUAUAAUAUGAGAUUAGCUAACAAAAUAAAUCAUAUGUAUUAUGAUAUACAAAAUGAAGUAUCAAAUAAUAGUUAAGAUUUUAAUAACAAGCUAGCUCGAUCUCGACUCGUUUAUUAAUGAACCGAGCUCAAACUGGGAUAAAACUCGACUCGACUCGACUCAUUUGCAGCCCUAUCCCCACAAAAGAAAAAAAGCCAAAACCACGUUUCCAACGAGAAAGUUCAACCAUCUAUAGUCUAUUUAUAGUUUUAUACACUACAGAAAGAAAGAGGGGCAAAAACGACAUUCUAUCACAUACACGCCGUUGACAAAUGUUGACUCCGGGGAAUCAGCUGCGGCCUUGACCAACAAAAAUGCCUUUCCGAAUUCAUACCUCUCCGUCCACCCGGGCCCAAUUCCCACGCGCCGACCCAAUACCCAAAUCCAAAACCCGACCCGCAUCUCCCAUUUUUUUGUUUAUUUAAAGGCUUCCCUCAUUCCACUUUCUCCCCCACUUCCACUCAGCACAGCAGACACCACCAACUCUUUUCUUUUUGUACUCUCUUCUCCUACCUAGUGAAGAAAAAAGAAUCACCGCCGGAAAAAAAAAAAUGGCCGCCUCCACCUUCCUCGCCGUCGACGCAUCCUCCAAACUAUCCAAUCCAGCUGUUAGAGCAUCGCCAGCCGCCGCCGGCAAGGCUACUUUCCUCCAGCUACCUCUCAAGCUCCGUAACCCUGGAUCCCUCAACCACGCUGCUUCCUCCCCGUCGUCCUUCGCCGGAAGCAGGAGAUCCUUCUCUUGCACUAGCCAGGCCGCUUCCUCCGACGACGCCAGACCUCCCUCCAAAGUUCAGGAGCUCCACGUUUACGAGAUGAACGAGCGAGAUAGAGGGAGCCCCGCCGUCCUCCGAUUGAGCCAGAAGCCGACCAAUUCCCUCGGCGAUCUCGUCCCUUUCAGCAACAAAGUCUACAGCGGGGACCUGAAGAAGCGGAUCGGGAUCACGUCGGGGAUAUGCCUGCUGAUCCAGCACAAGCCGGAGAUGAAAGGGGACCGCUACGAGGCAAUCUACAGCUUCUACUUCGGCGAUUACGGCCACAUCGCCGUCCAGGGGCCGUACCUAACCUACGAGGACAGCUACCUGGCGGUGACCGGCGGCUCGGGGAUUUUCGAAGGCGUUUACGGCCAGGUGAAGUUGCAGCAGCUGAUCUUCCCUUUCAAGCUCUUCUACACUUUCUACCUCAAGGGGAUCGAGGACCUGCCGGAGGAGCUGCUCGGCGCGCCCGUCCCGCCUAGCCCCGCCGUGGAGCCGGCGGCGCAUGCCAAGGCCUGCGAGCCCCACGGAGCCAUUGCUAAUUUCACCGAUUGAGGUUUUCGGAGGGGAUUGUGUAUGUAUUGUAUGUAUGUUGUUGGGAUCGGGAUCUAGGAUUCGGCGGUGGCGACGAAUUUGUAUGAAUUUUUAGUCGGAUUCCGGAAGAGUACUUGGAGUCACGUUUUGAAUUUUCUUCUAAUAAAAAAGAGAGCAAGCGCACUGAGAUUGGCCUUUUUUUAGUGUUCUGGACUUCUGGUGGCAGACAUAUUGCUUUUUCUCGGUGGUCCUCCGGCAGAGGAGAAUGGGAAUUUUGCCCCGCACAUAUUCUAGCAAGUAACAACCUACAAAUUGUUUUAAAUUGGACUCAAUAGUCAAUACUCAAUAGUAAAAUCAUAAGGACGGUCGGAGGCAAAAUUGGUAGAAGGUUUUUAGUGGUAUGAAAUGAUGGUGUCGUAAAUAAAUUUUGGUUUCAGAAUAAAGAACUCUAUGGUUUAUUUUUUUCGAUAGAAUUUCUGGUUGCGAUUUUACGAUUCUUGUUAAGCUCAUUGAACAUGCGAUAAAUAAUGGAUUUCGUUUGUUUCGAUGCUGUUAGUUAUGCUGCAAUAAUUGUUUCAGCCUAAAACAUGUGUUAUUAACCUCUCUUAUUUAGGGAGCACUUCUACUAUGCCGUAUAGCAUCGGUGCUUUAAUGUACAACUUAAAAUUGUACCGUAAAAUUAAAUGUAUAAGUUUAGGUUGUACCAUAAAGGAAUUUGUAUCAUUAUGUUAUGGUACAACUUUACAACUUGAAGUUAUACCAUCAAAUAAAGGUGUAAGUUCAAGUUGUAUCAUAAAAAAAUUUGUACAAAAUGUAUAGGUACAAUCUGAAGUUAUACCAUAACGUUAAAGGUACAAUUUCAAGUUGUACCAUAAAGACAAAAACCUAUAGUACCAAUGCUAUAUAGCAUUGUAAAAUUCCUCCUUACCUAGAUGUUUUCAUGUCUUUAAUGGAUUUAAAUGAGUUUUACACCUUGCAUUUUAGUCUAGAAUUGCUUUAUAUUGCAUAUGAGCAUAUUUAUGUGUGAAUCUUUUUGGUUUAGGCAAAAUUGGAUGGAGUUUAUGGCAACAAACCUAAGUGGGUAAAGAAAAGGAGUUCACAAGGAAAGGAUCAUAUUCUAUGGUCAACAAGACAAUAACCAUGCAUAAUUCAAUCUCAAUCCGUCACAUCAACGCCCUUUCUCUCUUUUGGAAAGUCUUUAAUUUUUUCCUCCUUAAUCUUUAACAUACGAUUUCUCUAUCGUUUUAAAUCGAAAUAUAAUUUUUUUGCACAGUUAGAUCAGAUUAAUUGUGUUAUUCAAAAUGAUAGCAACUUUAAUAUUUUUUUGAAAAAAGAGAGUAAUUUUUUACCAGUCUAUACCAUGGUGGUAUUGAUUGGUAUUAACAAGAGCAUACCAUAUGGUACGAAAGAUACCACCCCGUACUAGAGUGGUAUAGUAUGGUAUUUUUUGGUCCAGUAUUUUUUUCACCCAUAAAUUUUUGGAUCCAAUAGAUCAUGAUUAAUUCGUACCUUCUGUGCAAUUUUUUUUAAACGACUUAAAAACGAAGGAGAUACCAUAUGGUAUGGAGUUGGUAACGAGAUGUAUGAAAAAAAAAUUCUCAAAAAAUAUUGAAAAUGGAUCUCAUUUUAUAGAGCACAACGAACUCGUUCCAUUUGUGCAAAAAAAAAAAUGAAAUCUGAGUUAGAAUGUAGAAAUAUGAUCCGAUUAAAAAAAUUAGAGAAAAUAAAAAGCCUUUAAUUCUCCACUUUUAGAUCUGCAACUCACUUAAAAGGAAAUGUUCAGAUUUAGUUACUCAUGUUAAGUACCCUAAGGUUAUGGACGCUAACUUGAGCCGAGUUCACAGACAACAUGAAGAGAUAACAGUUGGGAACUUCGGACCAUGAUCUUCACCGAAGACCUAUAAAUUUGGAAAUAAUAU